UUCAUUUCCCGCUGAUGUCAUACGGCAGCGAAACGCCGCACGUUUGGAGCAGCUCAGCAGGCAGCGAAGUGUCUCCGUACGGGCCCCUGUGGGACGCGCCGCCGGCGCCGGUGCCCUACCCCGACAUCCUGGCCUUCCCACCCGCCGAUCUGGUAUGGUCGGCAGCGGGAUGCGGGGGGCGCGGGUCGUCGCGCAGCACCCCCGGCGGCAAAAAGCCGCGGCGACGCGUCGCGUCUGUCGCGCAACGUCGCGCGGCAAAUAUCCGCGAACGCAGGCGCAUGUUUAACCUGAAUGAGGCUUUUGACAAGCUUAGACGGAAGGUGCCGACUUUCGCCUACGAGAAGCGUCUCUCCCGCAUCGAGACCCUUCGCCUGGCGAUCACAUACAUCAGCUUCAUGUGCGAACUGCUCCACGGGUCGCCACAGCCGCACCACAACUCGCACCACGCUUUGCACCCACCCAGACAUGUGUUUGACGCCGAGGUUCCUUGGUGCGCGUAG